AUGAGCCCCCCCAAAGCUCUGCUGAUGCCAUACCUCGACGCGGAAAGCGACAAUGUCCCAGUUGAGUUGAGGCCGUUUGUGCCACGACUUGUCGCAGUGCCAUAUGCAGAUGAGAGCGGCCUGGAGGCAUUCGAGAGCAUUGUGAGCCUGGACACCAACACCGAAGUGGAUGUGAUAAAGCUAUUGGCUGGGCAACAUGCUCCCAAUGACGGUGGCCAGCCGCCACAGUUCAUACAGACCAUCCUCAAAGACUCUUCGGUUAUAGCAGCUAUCUCUAAGCUAAAUCUCCCCGCCGAUGCCACGGUAUACUGCGAUCCAUGGAGCUACGGGACGGACAAAUUCUCCCAUAUGAACACACCUGCGCAGAUCCAGGCUUAUCUGUAUGCCUGCACGUCCCAGCAUCCAGAAAUCAACCAGUAUGCUUUUCCUCUGCCCAUAUCUCCCGUUCUGGAUGUUGCCGAGAAUAGGGUUAUCCGGAUCAACACGCUGACUACGGGAGGUAUCGAGGAUGACCUGGGGCAUAAUAUAGGAUCUGACGCACCGUUGCCAACUACCCGCCCAAGUAGUUCUACCAGGACCUGCUUGAGAUUCCUGUUAGAAAGGACCUCAAGACUUUGCAUGUGGUUCAGCCGGAGGGCCCAAGCUUCGCCGUGUUGGAUGGGAAUCUCGUCUAAUAGCAAAAAUUGGCGGUUUCGGGUCGGGUUUCAUUACCGAGAAGGCCUAACCAUCCAUGAUGACCGUUAUGACGGGAGGAAGGUCUUUUACCGUCUCAGUAUGAGUGAGCUUACGGUGCCGUAUGGUGCCCUGUACUACCGGAAGCAGGCAUUUGACAUCGGCGACGCAGGUGCAGGUGCUUGUUCCAAUGCCCUUGGCUUGGGGUGUGACUGUUUAGGUCUGAUCCAAUACUUCAAUGCAUGGAUGGCCGACAAGAACGGAGAGGCAGGGGAGAGCCGAAACAACAUCCUCACGCUCAUGAACUACGAUUACAUCUUCGCGUGGAUCUUCCACCAGAACGGGACGGUCGAGUUUGAAACUCGCGCCACCGGGGUUGUCUCAACGGCCCCAAUUGACAAAGAAGCACGUAGCCCCUUGGGCAAUGUAGUAACACCGGGUGUUCUAGCCCAGAACCACGAGCACUUCUUUUGUCACCGAAUUGACCCUAUGAUCGAUGGCACCCGAAAUACCCUGGUCCAGGCGGAGUCGGUCGCUCUUCCAGAAACGGAAGAAAACCCCUUCGGCAAUGCAUGGACAGUGCAGAAGGGUGCCUUUGAGAAGUCAACGUUUGCCGAUGCAGCACCGGAGAAGAACCGUGUGUUCAAAAUCCGCAUAUCUGGGAAUCUAGUGGGCUAUACUCUCGUUCCUCUCCCGUCGCAGAUGCUUCUAGCCGGGAAGAACUCGGUGAUCCGCCAAGGUGCACGCUUUGCCGAGCACCAUAUCUGGGUGAUGCGGUAUCGGGAUGGAGAUCUAUGGGCCGGUGGGCAGUGGACAGAGCAGAGUAUGAAGGAAACAAAUGGGGUAUCCGACUACGCGGCACGGAACGAAGAUGUGAAGAACGAAGAUAUCGUCGUCUGGCAUACAAUUGGUAUGAGCCAUUUUCUGACUCCCGAGCAAUUCCCGGUCAUGGGAGUCGAAACCCUCUCGGUCGCUCUGAGGCCGACUGACUUCUUCGAGUUUAACCCUGCGUUGGACGUUCCCCGGAGUACACAGGCUAUCAAUAACAGCAUCCAAGUUGAAAGAAAGAUGUGCGAAACCUGUUAG